CACUCCUGCAGUAGCGCCACACAGAAGCACCGCCCUUCUAUGUCCAUUACUGUUACGAGAGACACGGCGCCUGAGAGAAGAUUUACCGUUUUAUAUUUUUCAUAGCUUCUUAUUAGUGUAAAUAAGCUAGCGUUCAGAGGACGCGAGUCAAAUCAGGACAACUAUUCCCCUGACUAGAAACAGAAAGGACGACGCGGGUCGCUUUUUCCUCUCUUCUUCUCCUCAUUUUAACUUUAGUAAGCAGCGUCUUUCCGCCGUGUUGCCCCCCGUUACUCCCAGCGUGAGUAGCGGCCUUUAACCACGAGGCUAGUUGGAACCGGAGUGAGCGCGUGAUGGCGGAGUUUGGUAACGGACUAGCAGAAGAGUCGCUGCUGGACUCGGACUCUGGGCACCCCGAGCUGGAAGACCCGGGUGUGGGCGACGAUGAACCAGGGCUGGAGGAAGGAGAGGCCGCCAUCGAAGACCCCGAGCUGGAGGCAAUAAAAGCUCGCGUCCGAGAGAUGGAGGAGGAAGCAGAGAAGCUGAAGGAGCUACAGAAUGAGGUGGAGAAGCAGAUGAACUUGAGUCCUCCACCUGGCCCUGUUAUUAUGUCCUUAGAGGAGAAGAUGGAGGCAGAUGGGAGGUCAAUUUAUGUUGGAAAUGUGGAUUAUGGCGCUACUGCGGAAGAGCUGGAAGCUCAUUUCCACGGCUGUGGUUCUGUCAACAGAGUCACCAUCUUGUGUGACAAGUUCACUGGGCAUCCGAAGGGGUUUGCAUAUAUCGAAUUUGCAGACAAGGAGUCUGUGCGGACGGCCAUGGCUCUCGAUGAGUCUUUGUUCAGAGGCAGGCAGAUUAAGGUGGGAGCCAAGAGAACCAACAGGCCAGGAAUCAGUACCACAGACCGUGGUUUCCCAAGGGCCCGCUUCCGCUCACGGGGCGGCAGCUUCUCGUCGUCCCGGUCGCGGUACUACAGUGGUUACACAGCACCCCGAGGCAGAGGCCGGGCCUUCAGGUUUCAGGACCAGUGGAGGUUGACCACGCCCCCCCCUCCUGUGCCUGCGGCGCCCCCCACUGUUUCGGCAGCGUCUCUCUCUCUCUCUGCCCCCACUAUCCACACUCAGCCCAUCCUAUCUUUGUGGGGGGGUGGGGCGCAAGGCGACCACCGACCCGCCACGGGGGGGCUUUAUUAUAACCAUAAACGCUGAGAUGGUGAAUAGAUCCAUACACAGGAAACACAACACAGACUUCACAUUUAUACAGAGAGCUCAGCCAAGGUAGUGGCAGCUGUUUUAACUAUGAGAGAGAGAGGCAGGUACAAAGAGGGGUUCCAGAGUUGGGGUGUAGCCCUCAGUGUACAUGGCCAGCUACCUUAGAUCUCCAAGGGGCAACAAGGCACCCAACAUUUAACACUGAGGUGCUGAGGUUUUUUGGCUUUUGGGGAGGGGCAAGGAUUGAGGGAGGGGGAUUGAAUUUAAAGAAAAAAAAAAAGAUGUUU